AUGUCGGUCUCAACACCAAGGACGUCAUCUUCGACUGCCGAAUUGACAGGCACUGCGAAGCUUGAGGACCUGACAAAGAUCAUGGCAAAUCUCAAACAAGAUCUCACGGAUAUCCACCUCCUUCCACAUCAGAGGGAUGCUUUUCUGGAGCAAGUGAAGGUUUAUGGGAGGGACCCUACCAACGCGGAUCCAAUCUUCACAAAAGAGGGUCUAGAAACUUUGGCUCGACAUGCCUUCAAUAGCGCAUCUCAAAAUACGGCCCUUAAUGCCUCACGAUGCCUGGCAAAUGCGAUGCUGUUACGGCCCGAGACUAGACAGAUGAUUGUCGAUCAGGGUUAUAUUCCGAAAGCUUGUACGAAAUUGAAAAUCGACAACAGAGAUAACGAGUUCGUGGUCUCGAGAAUUAUAUUCCUCGCCACAUAUGCGCCAGAGCUCGACAUUGCGAGGUUAAUAGACGAUGAGAAGUUGGCGGACAACAUGUGUCUGAACAUGAAUCGGCAUGCAAAAAGAUACUCGGCUUUGAAAUCAGGCAAGCCACAGGAUCCGAUGGCUGACAUGGCUUUGACCGAAACGCUUAAACUACUCUUCAACAUCACAAGCAAAUGUCCCGAGAAAGUCGACAAGUUCUCUCCGGCUCUGCACCAUGUCUUGACGGUUCUAAGCAAAAUGCCCAUAUCAUCUUCUGCACCUCUUGAAAAUCUAGUGGCGACGGUUCUAAAUGCACUGGUCAACUUGGAUUUUGACGGGAAGAAUACCACGAUAGUCUUCCCGAAGAGUAACCCCGCGAUUUACACUGAUUGCUUUAUUGAGAUUCUAGACAAGGCGACCAACGCAUACAAGGACGAUGAAUUGGAGUCACUUGUCUCUCCUUUGAUUGUGGUGUUACAGAAGACGUACGAGGUCGCUCCAGUUGAGAUCAAGUCACAAUUCAGAAAGUCGAUGUUGCCGUCGACGACAGAUAGGGAACAGCCGCUGGGUAGAGGCCAAACACUUCCAUCGAGACUAUUGAGCUUGUCGACAAAUCCCGCCACUCCUACGCUGCGAACUACGGUAUCGGCAUUGCUGUUUGAGAUGAGUGACAGAGAUGCAAAAAAGUUCGUUCAGAAUGUUGGUUACGGUUUCGCUUCGGGUUUCCUCUUCCAACAUGGCGUUACGGUUCCCGAGAAUGCGUUGGAAGCGUGGAGUAAUGAAGACGAUACGCCGUCGGCGGUGGCGACCACCGAAAGACCAAUUAAUCCAGUCACGGGACAGUUCUUGGACAGGGAGGAACACGUCGAGAUUGAUAUGACUGACGAAGAAAAGGAACGCGAGGCGGAAAGGCUAUUUGUUCUUUUUGAGAGGCUGAGGGCUACUGGGGUUGUCGAUGUUCAAAAUCCAGUCACCCAGGCUCGUCAAGAGGGACGCUUUGAGGAGUUGCCUGAUGAUUCGGAUUAA